GCGGUGGCCGGGGGUAUUAUGGACGAAGGAAGCAGUGUUGCAGUAUUGAUGCCAAAUAUUGGGGAACAGGAAGCUGUGCUGAUUUCUGAAACUGUCAUUGGCUCAACACUGCAGAACAGUGAAGAUCAGAGAAAAUGUAAAACUGAUCCACUAAUCCAUGUUAUCCAGAAACUAAGCAAAAUAGUUGAAAGUGAGAAGUCACAAAGAUGCCUUUUAAUAGGGAAGAAACGUUCCCAUCCAAAUGCUUCUGCACAGUCCUUUGACGCAGACGAUCUUUGUGAAAUCCCAGCUAAAGCAAUUGAGCUAUCUGUUAUUGCUACUAAAAAGACUGAAGAGUUACAAGCAGAUUAUUUUGUGACUGAAUGUCUUCCACAAAACAAAAAAAAGGUGACGUGCUAUCAGUGUAGUCUAUGUAAGUUUCUCUCACCUUCUCUCUUAACACUACAAGAACAUAUAAAACAACAUGGGCAGAAAAAUGAAGUGAUAUUGAUGUGCUCAGAAUGUCAUUUUGCUUCCAAAAGCCAAGAAGAACUUGAAUCCCACUUCCAAAGUUACCAUGAGAAUGAUGGUAAAAAUAGCAUCCAGACAAAAGUGCAGCAAUGUGUGAAUGUUGCAAGUUCAUUUUUGCAAGGGCCAGUGGAAGGAAGUGUCAAAUCAGGGACUGAUCAGACAGGAAAUCUGGAAUGUAAAGAUAUAACUCAGUCUACUCAUAUGCCUGAAAUGGGUAGGAGAAAAUGGUAUACUUACGAGCAGUAUGGCAUGUACCGGUGUUUAAUUUGUCGGUACACCUGUGGUCAGCAAAGAAUGUUGAAAACACACGCUUGGAAACAUGCGGGUGAGGUUGAUUGCUCCUAUCCUAUCUUUGAGGAAGAAAAUGAAACCACCAACUUGUCAGAGACGGUUGUAACUCACACACCUCAUAGCAUGGAUACAGUUGUUCUUUCUUUGGAAAACAAUGAACUUGAUAUCCAUAGUGAACCUUCUCUUCAACUUCAGAUUUGCAAUUCUGAGCAACUGUCAUGUAAAUCGCCAGUAGGAACAAAUGCAAAAGAGGAAGAGAUGUUAAAUCAGUCUGUAGUGCAUUCUCCUACUACAGAGGUUUUAGAGGAGACUGUAUCAGAUACAGAACAGGAUAAUAUGAUAACAGAUAGUCUACUUUCAUCAGCACAGAAAAUCAUCAAUUGUAGUCCAAAUAAAAAGGGUCACGUUAAUGUAAUAGUAGAGCGUUUGCCAGGUGCUGAAGAAAGUGUCUUACAAAAGCCUUUCUUGAUGAACACUGACAUUGAAACAGAAAAAAAAUUAAUCUCGGAGGAGUCCCAUGUUACCUGUGAAGAACCUGAUGAAGUUUAUCGUUCAGAUCAAAUUCAAGAAGUAAUAAUAGAAUGGAAUAAUACCGAGAAGAAAGAUAAUGAAUUAAGCUCUAAUAAAAACGUAACAACUGAUGAAAAUGUGCCUCCUGCACGAAGAAGGACAAAUUCAGAGUCUUUACGACUACACUCAUUAGCUGCGGAAGCUCUUGUUACAAUGCCUAUCAGAGCUGCAGAACUGACAAGGUCUAGCUUCAGGUCUCUGACUGGAGAAGAUGCCAUGGAUGCAAGUGCAGGGCAGGGAGAAGCGGAUGGCCCAUGCGUGGCUCAUUCUAAAGUGGUAUCCUCACUUAAGAAUCCUUCAGAGGAGUUUAGUGGCUUAAACCAAAGUGAAUGUGCAAUAGUUGAGAUACAGAAAGAAAGGCCAGAGUUAUCAGAAGCACCAAUUAGAAUGGGCAUCAGUAUGUCACUACUCACUGUCAUUGAAAAACUGAAGGAGAGGACAGAUCAGAAUGCUUCUGAUGAUGACAUUUUGAAAGAAUUACAAGACAAUGCACAAUGCCAAAAUACAAAUGAUGCAAAUAUUCCUGGAAGUAACCUAGUAGAAUAUAUACCUAACAUAGAUCGACCCUACCGCUGUCGCCUCUGCCAUUAUAGCAGUGGUAAUAAGGGCUACAUAAAACAACACUUGAGAGUCCAUCGUCAGAGGCAGCCAUACCAGUGUCCCAUCUGUGAGCACAUUGCUGACAAUAGUAAGGAUUUAGAGAGCCACAUGAUCAACCACUGCAAAACAAGAAUGUAUCAGUGCAAGCAAUGUGAAGAAUCCUUUCAUUAUAAGAGCCAACUGCGAAAUCAUGAAAGAGAACAACACAGUCUUCCAGAUAUCUUUUCAACAGCUACAUCUAACAAGCUAAUAGUUUCCAAUGAAGUAGAUGAAAGAGAAGGAAAUAAGUCUUCAGUUCAGAAACUGUAUAGAUGUGAUGUAUGUGACUACACAAGCACAACUUACGUUGGUGUACGAAAUCACAGACGAAUUCAUAACUCCGAUAAGCCAUAUAGAUGUUCUCUCUGUGGAUAUGUAUGUAGCCAUCCUCCAUCCCUGAAGUCCCACAUGUGGAAACAUGCAAGUGACCAAAAUUAUAACUAUGAACAAGUGAACAAGGCUAUUAAUGAUGCAAUUUCGCAAAGCAGCAGGUUUCAAGGACAGCUUCCUGACAAAACCUUAUUAGAAGGCACAGAUGAAAGUACAGUACCUAUACUAGGAAGUUCAGACAACUUGGUGUCUUUGACAGAGUCUAUUAACCAGACCACGAAUGAAAUUUCAGGUUCUGAUGAAAAUGAAAAACCUAACUUGAUGAAUACCUCAUGCAGUUUAGAAAAGAACUCCACUCUGCCCCAUCUUGGCACAGAAUACUGUGUUCUUCUCUUCUGCUGCUGCAUUUGUGGGUUUGAGUCUACCAACAAAGAAAAUCUACUGGAUCAUAUGAAAGAACAUGAGGGUGAAAUCAUAAACAUCAUUCUAAAUAAGGACCACAGCGCAACUCAGAGCACAAACUAGGUGAAGCAGUAAGUUAAAGAGAGGGUUUCCUAGAGUGAGUAUUUUCUUUCUUUGCUAAUUUUUGCCUGAGAAACUUGCUAAAGAGAAGAACUGCAA